ACUCCACGGAAUUCGGAGCAGAAUUUUGUCAGCUGAUAAAAGAUUCGCUUCUCAGCGGUUAUAAGAUACCCUGUACUUUAAGAAUUUUGUCGUUUCUCUUAUUUAACUGAAGUUUCCUUUACCGGAUCUUCUCAAAAUACCAAGUUAGACGAACAACCGGAACUUUUUAUUUCAAUCAGGAACAACGCAAGCGCAGCAUCUCUUGAAAUUGUCCUCACACAGUCACUGUUUCGUAAUACAACUUUCUGUCCGGGCAGGAAUUGUGUGCUGCGGAGACAUUGAGGUAGAAAAGACAAGAUGGCCGUGGCUUUGUCUGUGGUAGACAGAGCUGUCGGGGCAAUUAUUGGAGCAGCUGUCGCGGAUGCAGCAGCACAACCUCUCCAUUGGAACUACAACCUGGAUAAACUUAGAGCCAUCUUGGCUCAAGAGCCCUGUCCAGAGUUCCACCCCCAGUCGGCUAAUCCGUUCUACAGGAGGGACACGGGCCAGCAGAGUUGCUAUGGUGACCAGGCGUAUGUGCUGCUGGAAUCGUUGUCGGAAUGCGGAGGUCUAAACGUGGAGGAUCUGAAACAGCGCACAUACAAGUUCUUUGGACCAGGAUCAGAAUAUGACACCCCUGUCAAUGAUCCUUAUAGAGAGAAAGGGGGUCCAAGGCCUCAGCUUCCCAUAGAAGGCCCCUGGAGGCAUGCAAGUCUCAAGAGCUUCCUGAAAAAUGUGGAUGCAGGCAAAGAGGAAACAGGCUGCGCUGAUGAUAAUCAGAUCGAUGGCAUUGCAAAGCUGGCCCCAAUCGUGGCACGCUACGCCGGCAAGCCGGAGAUGCUGGAAAAGGUGGAGGACGCAAUCCGCGUCACCCAGAACAAUGACACGUGCGUCACAGAGACGCUGGCUGCAGCCAGGCUCCUGGAGCACUACAUCCUGAACGGCCCCGAUCCGAAGGCCCUGGACGUGGUGCUGAAGCAGCUGGAUGACCCGGAGAGAAAGAACCCCCAGGAGCUGGACCGCGCCGUGGCCGGACACCUCCACCAAGUGAAGGAGCACAUGUCCAAAACUCCCCAGGAGCUGAUCCCCGCUGUGUUCCCAAACACAUGAGGUCUGCCUGGUGCGUUCCAGGCAGCGCUUCACGGGGUCCUGACGGCAGUUGAGUUUGACCAGGCUGUGCGGGACACCAUGCGCUGCGGUGGAUGCACCAGCAGCAGGGGCUCCUUCAUCGGGGCGUGUCUGGGGGCUCAGAUUGGACUUCAAGGAAUACCCAACUCCUGGAAAAGCAAGACCCACAGAUAUCCUUCUUUUCUGGAACACGCAAAGAAAGUGGCAAACGCAAACCAUGCCUAAUCACUGAGGCCUUAUUUUCAUACUUUAUUUAUGGCGCAGGAGGGUGUUUUAAAAAUCAAGGUAUUUUUUCGAUGAUUCUGUCCCUGACUUAGAUACAAACAAGCCUUAUUAUAUAAUGGUUUUUUUUCUCCUGAGAAACUGCAUAUUGUAAGAAUAUCUCAUGCCAUUGUUGAGGUUUGACAAAACGUUUAAUGAACGUUCCAGCUAAAAUAUUGCAGGGCUGGAGCGGGAUGCUCCUUGUUCUGUUAAAUAUCAGCAUGACCUGUUGAAGAUAUGUCUGCAUGUGCAAUACAGUGAUGUUCUCCAUAAAUUAAAAUGAAGUGAAUGACUAGACCAAU